UUGGCCUUGAUACGUCUGCGUAUGCCAUUUCAACUCAAUCGGGGAAUAUCCUAAAAUCGCAGCUUCAUUCGUCCGUCUCCUCCGUUCAUUUUCGUGGUGCUAGCCUCUUCUUUCAAAAGCAGAGCAGUCGGUUGUCUGGUGUGAAAUUAGCUCAGAGCUCCUCAUAAGAAUUUGGGUGAAUCAUGGCGGCUACCAAUGUGAUGAGGCGAGAUGAGAGCCUUCUUAUGUCGUCGUCCCCUCUUGAUCCCCGUAGAGGAGGAGAUACGUCUGCUUCUCGUGGCCUAUCUCUCGAGAAGAAAAUAGAAGCUCUUGAGAGCCUCACAGGACAAGUUAGUAACCGGAGAUCUAGGAGAUGGUUAAAUGAUCGUAUUCUGAUGGAGCUUGUUCCUCGUUUAGAUGCCCAAGAAAUCAGAGGCUUGUUUGCCCCACCUCCUUGGGGUGAUGAUGUUCCUCCUUCUGCCUUUUCUUUGACCACUGUUGGGGAAUGGGACAGAUUCAGAAACAUUGACAUGGACAAGGAGGCCAAUAUCAUGGACUCCUUGAACCAGUCAUCCGUAAGGCAGAAAGGUCAUGUGGAUGCUGAUAAAACUGCUGUUUUAACCGCUUGGCGAAGAAUAGAGUGUAGAACUAGAGAGGCUCUUCGGCGCAGCUUUUUACCUGACCUCAUCGAGGGCUAUGAGAACUGUAUAAGUCAUUUCAUUGAGGAAGGCGGUGAAGGAGAUGUGCUUGACAUCAAGGUUCAAGACCCAUUCCAUAGAUUGCUUUUGCACGGUGUUUGUGAGUACCACAAUUUGGUGUCUACAACUGCAACAGAACAAAUAGGAAAGAAAGCAACGAAGACGACAAAGAUCAAAUGGAAGAACAGCGACGAGAAACUGAGCAUCAGCCUCGCGCAUUUCCUCAGGAUGUCAAAGGAAGGAGCUUGGUAACAUCAUCACAUAGACAAACACACUCCUUUGUAGCUGUAACUCUUAUAAAUAAGAAAAAGAGCUGCAUUGGCCUCCUCUCUAUAUGCAGCAAGAGGAUUUCUUUGCUUCUUCUCCCUCUUAUGUGGUCUUGUGACCUUUGUAUUGUAUUCUCAUUACGUACCUUUCAAGUGAUAGAUUAAGUAGACAACCAGUUCUGGAAGAUAAAACAAUACACAAAUGUAUUAAUUUACUUUAUUUCAUGGAACCUUUUAUUUAAUUUUUA